AUGAUGUUCUCUCCAGAUUUAGUUUGGUUCAUUGGUACUAUUGUAUGGUACUUUUCCAGCUUCAGUUUAGCUACACCUAUACCUGAUAGGGAAGGUCUUCAGAUUGUCACAAAUCAGAAGAGAUACUUCAACUACGGCGAGGGUGUUGUCCGCGGUGUGAACCUUGGUGGUUGGUUGGUGUUGGAACCUUAUAUUACCCCUUCGCUUUUCGAAACUUUCCGGACCAACCCCGACAAUGACGACGGGAUCCCCGUAGACGAAUACAACUUCUGCAAGGCCUUGGGCCCGGAGUUAGCGCGGUCGCGGUUGACUGCUCACUGGGACGCCUUCUAUACUGAGAAGGACUUCUAUAACAUUGCAGCUGCAGGUUUGAACAUGGUCCGUAUUCCUGUGGGGUACUGGGCUUUCAUGACGUUGGAAGACGAUCCAUACGUCACAAAGUUGCAGGAGGAAUAUUUGGACAAAGCUAUUGAGUGGUCUCGUAACGCUGGUUUGCACGUUUGGAUUGACUUGCACGGUGCACCUGGUUCGCAAAACAGAUUUGAUAACUCCGGUUUGAGAGGCCGUUUGGAUUUCCUAAAGGAACCAAACUUAAGUCUCUUGAAAGAGGUUCUUCGUUACAUGCUAGACAAGUACUCCCAACCUCAGUACGAUGAUGUUAUUAUUGGUAUUCAAGUCUUGAACGAGCCAUUCGGCCCAGACGUUGACAUGCAAGACAUCAAGGAUCUCUACUACUUUGCCUACGACUACCUAAGAAAUGAGCUAUGCCGUGACCAGGUUCUAGUUUUGCACGACGCAUUCACCCCUCCACACUACUGGGACCGCGAUUUCACAAUUGAGAGCGGCCACUGGGGAGUUUUGAUCGACCACCACCACUACCAGGUCUUCUCUCCAGGUGAGGUAGCUUCGGAUAUGGACCAAAAGGUUAGAACCGCAUGCUCAUGGGGUACCGAAUUUAUGAACGAAAGUCACUGGUCCGUUACAGGUGAAUGGUCAGCAGCGUUGACUGACUGUGCUAAAUGGUUGAACGGUGUCGGUAGAGGCGCCAGAUAUGACGGAACAUUCCCAGAAAGCUGGUUCAUUGGCUCAUGCGAAAAUAACGAGGACGUCCCUAGCUGGAGUGUUGAAAGGAAGAACAAUGUCAGAAGAUACAUUGAAGUUCAAUUGGAAGCAUUCGAGAUGAAGGGCGGUUGGAUAUUCUGGUGUUACAAGACCGAAAAUGCUGUUGAGUGGGACUUCCAACGUCUAGCUUACUACGGUUUGUUCCCACAACCACUUGACCAUAGAUUAUACCCAAGCCAAUGUGCAUAA